GUUGUUGGUAGAGGGGAGAAAGUCGGUAGUAUCGUGCCGGCUGCGCAAGAGCAGCCUGCAAAAGGUAGCUUUUCCAAUAAUGAAGAACCCGUGGUAACUGUCAGUUCGCUCGUGGUACAUUUCGUUGAUUGUUGUGUGUUGCGCACACGCUCGGUGUGCCUGUGCGUGUGUGCGCGCCGUGUGUUGUUUUUAUACGGUGUUUUAGCAGGAAAGACAAGGGUCCGAAACUGACGUAAGAAUAAAGAAAAGAAAAUGUGAUUUGAGAAACACGAGGAAUUAACACGCUUUUGUUCUUUCUCCUGGUUCGCGUUUUCGACCGAAAGAGAAAGAGGAUUUAAUCCAAAAGGAAAACUUUCGUGGUAAACGAAACUACUCGGCUCGUCGCGAUAACAAGGGUACGCACGCACGCACGCACGCACGCACGCACGCACGCACAGGAUGGACAGGUGGAGGAGGAUUAUUUGAAAAGACGAAGAAAUGAAGACAUUUCACGGGAAUCCUGAUGAGAUUCGAAUGUUCUAACGAUUGAGACGGAAGAACGUCAGGAACGUGAAGCAAAAUGGGCAAGUGUUGUAGCAAACGACAGGAGCCUCAACCAAUCGGGUACACGAAAGCAGAAACGGGAUUGAGCUCAAAACAUAGCAAUGGUGGUUCCUUGGACCGAUACACAGCCGAUCCAAACCAGAGAGGCGUACAAGCCAGGGCGGAUAUUAUCCGUCCGAGGCCAACACCUUGUAAGCUACAGAUACAGCAUCAUCCACGUAAAACAAGCUCGCCUGUCGUUACGCCUGCAUCUCACUCCCAACGAGCAAACAAAAUCGUCGUGGCUCUGUACAAUUAUACGGCUCGCGAGAGCACCGAUGUGAGCUUCGUCAAGGGCGACAGAAUGGAAGUUUUGGAUGAUUCCGAGCCGGACUGGUGGAAGGUUUUACACCUGACGACCCUGCAGGAAGGUCUAAUCCCGUGGAAUUUCGUAGCGGUCGAACGUUCCGUCGAAAGCGAAGAUUGGUUCUUCGAGAACGUCUCGCGCAAGGAAGCAGGAAAGUUGUUGCUGGUCGAUGAAAAUCCACGCGGCACAUUUUUGGUAAGACCAAGCGAGCACAAUCCAAGGGGUUACAGUCUGUCGGUAAAGGAUUGGGAAGAGGGCAGGGGUCAUCACGUGAAACACUAUAAGAUCAAACCUUUAGACAAUGGCGGCUUCUUUAUCGCCACGAAUCAGACAUUCCCAACCUUGCCAGCUCUCGUUAUGGCGUACAGCAAAAACGCGUUAGGCCUCUGUCACGUUUUAUCGAAGCCCUGUCCGAAGCCCCAGCCGGACAUGUGGGAUCUCGGGCCAGAAUUGCGUGACAAAUGGGAGAUCAACAGGAACGAGAUACAGCUGAUAAGAAAAUUGGGACACGGUAACUUUGGUGAGGUUUAUUACGGCAAAUGGCGGAACAAAAUCGAAGUGGCGGUGAAGACGCUUCGUCCGGGUACCAUGUCGACUGAGGCAUUCCUUCAAGAAGCCGCGAUAAUGAAACAAUUUCGGCACCGGCAUUUGGUCGCCUUAUACGCGGUCUGCUCGAAAGAGGAACCAAUUUACAUCGUCCAAGAGUACAUGUGUAACGGGAGCCUCUUGGACUUUUUACGUACCGGUGACGGCAAGUAUAUGCAAUUCGAGGACUUGAUUUAUAUCGCUGCCCAGGUUGCCUCCGGCAUGGAACACCUCGAGAGCAAACAGUUGAUACACAGAGAUUUAGCUGCUAGGAACGUUCUCAUAGGCGAGAAGAAUAAAGCGAAGAUUUGCGACUUUGGCCUCGCUAGAGUGAUCGAGGACGACGAAUACUGUCCUAAACAGGGAAGUAGGUUCCCGGUUAAGUGGACCGCUCCCGAAGCCAUCGUUUACGGAAGGUUCAGCAUCAAGAGCGACGUUUGGUCCUAUGGUAUUUUACUAAUGGAGUUAUUCACUUACGGACAAGUUCCUUAUCCCGGUAUGCACGGCCGAGAAGUGAUCGAGCAAGUCGACAAAGGUUACCGUAUGCCCAAACCACUGAACCAUCCGCUGCCGGACAGUAUAUAUCGAUUAAUGUUACAGUGCUGGGACGCCAGUCCCGAGAAACGGCCCACCUUUGAGUUCCUUAAUCAUUAUUUCGAGUCGUUUAACGUCACUAGUGAAAUACCUUAUCUCGAGCCACCGACGGACUGAUACACAGCCCACAUGCAGAGUCACAUGGUGCCGCAUGGUCAUUUUCAUCCAGCGCACAUCAACUGUGCCAUGGAAUUUUACGGUAUUUAUUGCUAAAGAAUAAAACGCAAAAACGGCGAUAACCAAGUGGGAUCGUUAUUGUUGACGAUUACGUCAGAGAAUUUAGAAAAACCAUUAAUCGAAAUCCAUUACUGACGAAGAAAACCAAUGAAAAAAUAGUAAAGACAAAUGUGCGACUUGUUUCUUGACGCAAUAGGUAUGAAUUAUGGCGAUUUUAUAAACACGCGCGACUAUUCUUUACGAUAGAAAUACUCUCUCUCGAUGACGGAAAACCUUGUGUGCCAUGAACUUUAUCAAUCUUAUAGGUAUUAUUUAUCAGGUUAACGCGAAAGGUAAGAACUUUCCGAUAUUCUUCUGACCAAUCGUGAAUAACUGCCGAAAAAUCUUUCGACGUCUUACGUAGGAGGAUAAUGAAGGAAAAAAGUAAAAUGAAAAAAAAAAAAAAAAAAAAGAAAAAAGAUAUAAAGAAGGAAACGACUAUCUAAAAAGUACCAAAUUCAAUUAAGCUUCGUGACCAAUUGUGAAUAACUGCCGGAUUUUUGAAUCUCAUGUGUUAUCCCGACUGAAAUGAAAGAAAGAUAUAAAAUUUGUCUAAUGCGUGUGCGUGUGCGUGUGCGUGCGUGCGUGUGUGUGUGUGUGCGUGGCGUACGCGCGCGCAUUUGUAUGUAUGUGUGUGUAUAUAUAUAUAUAUAUAUAUAUAUAUACACACACACAUCUUAUAUAAAAUCCUGAAUGAAUCGUUGAUUACAAGUUUUCACAAUUUUGAGAAAUAUUAAGUGAACGAUGUUUGAUCGAAAUAUUACUAUUAAUUAAGGUGUGUAGAGCAGUAGCGUUGAUACGAAUUGAAAGGUAGUAUAGAUAGUAUUUAAAAGUCAUAGAUGAUAUAAUCAUAUUUUAGACCGUUAGAUUAUUGUCGAUUACGAAGGGACAAAGAGAGAGAUAACGAUACGUAAUAAUUUUUGUCAUUGAUCUCCGAUCAUAGUCAAGUUUUCCUAAUGAAAAAAUAUCUUUCGACGACACCUUCGAAAAUUAUCGUACGAAUUAAAUAUUCACCAAUUGUUAUAUCGAAUAUCGUCGAAAAUGCACAAAUUAAUGUGUGAAAUGGAACUAGUGACAAAGAGAUUUCGCGAGUAAGGUAUUUGACUGUAUAUUUACAUGGUAAACGUCAUACUUGACUUGAUUCUUUUUUGUUUCUUUUAAGAAAACGCAUAUUAGUUUGUUUCUAUCAAGGGUAUAAGUAUUUAAUUCAGUAUUCGUACGAUUAUUUUUAGCUGUGAUUUUUCCCUAAGUCACGAAAAAUACCAUAAAAACGGGAGACCAGACGGGGUCUGCGAUUAAUCUAUUUUCUUUGCGUUUAACAAAUUACGGAUUAGAACUACAAUAGCUAUUGAUAAAACAAGUUAUGUACGUGCAAGAUUUUUCCUUUAGAUUGCACAACAUUACGACGCGUGAGUUUAGUGUUUUCGUAGUUAAUACGAGAUGAACGAGAGUGAAUGAGUGAGGAAGAAAUGAAAAAAGUUACUAAUAUUGGUUAUAAGCCAGAGUAUGCGCGCGCGUGUGUGUACCGUAAAAAAGAAACUUUAUAUUAUCUCCUUGCGUACGCGUGCGUGCGUGGCUGGGGGUGUGUGUAUGUGCGUGUGCGUGUGUGCGUGCGUGCGUGCGUUAAAGGCGAUCUAGUAAAAAAUGGUACGCAAGAUAUAAUAAGCCAUCGAUGUUAUUCGUACAAAAUGUCUGAAUGAAAGAGGAAGAAAAAGAGAGGAGAAUUGUAAAUUUUUUACUAAAGAUACAUACAAAUGACAGGUUAAAAUUAGAACGUAGAUGAAAAAAGAUAGAAACGUUAAAAAAUAAUUAAACGCGAUAGUUAUUUGAAUCUCCUCCGAAAAAAUCGAUACGUCAUUUAAUCUACGUAUCCGCACGUUUUCCUUUUUAGAGAGGGAGAGGGUGUCCGAUAUUUCGUCUAUUUCAUCGUCGUCCCAUGCGAAAUCGUAUCGUUAGGAUUAAGUCUAUGGAUAUAAAUCAUUAGUUUAUCGAAAUUUCAUUGUGAAAGAGAGAAAGAGAGAGAGAGAGAGAGAGAGAGAGAGAAAAUAAUUGUGUUACGCGUGUCCUAACUAAAUAUUUUUCACGAGCAUUUUACUGCGAAUUAGUCGAUUGGCGCGACAUUAAGGAAAAUUAAAGAAAAAGUAAAAAAAAAAAAAGAAAAAAAAAGAAAAAAAAAUACACGAGAAC